AUGUAUUGUGUGCCAGUAACUACCAACUAUUGGAGAACACCUGUAAGUUAUGUACCAACUUAUCCAACUUUAACAAACCAAAUAUUGUUGGAUAAUACAAAUGCACGACUAAGUUAUGAUUUGACUAAAGCUCAAAAUGAAUUAUCAAAUUUACGUGAAGAGUUAACUGAUUUACGUUUAGAACGAGAGAUUUGUCCAAUAUGUACAUCAGUUUUACCAUUGAAUACAUAUUAUGAAGAUUGUUCAAUUUGUUAUCGUCGUGCUCUUAUUCGAGAACGAGAACUUCUCUAUUCUCGAACAUUAUCACCAGUUCAUUAUUGUAACAUUUGUGAUGAUUAUGUUGUUGAUGACGUACAUGCACCACCACCAUCAUCUGCUCGUUUCAAUAACAAAACUACAACGAAAAAGAAUCAUAUACAUGAAACAGAUAAAUUAUCGGAAUAUUUAACUCGACAACUUGAUCUUCAUCGACUUCGUCAUCGAUAUAUACGAGAACAACGUCCUAUUUGGAUUCCAACAGCAUAUAAACAAGAUUAUCCUUAUCGACGAUGGCUUACUCGUUCAGCUCGUCUUUCCGAACCUUAA